AUGGGCAAUGUUUUGUGGGUUGUACUUGGUACUACGACCUUCGGCUUGGUUACCAUGUAUUCUAUUCACACGUUUGAUAGAUUCUGGAACACCAUCAGCGGCGAUGACGAGAAUGACGAGGAUGUCGCUCCCCAGGCAAAGGACAAGAGUUUUCUUUCAUAUCUCGCUGGAUCGAUCUUGUCACAGGGGUUGGGAAUGAGAUUCAUGUUCGAAAAGGGUAGCGUCUUGCCGGAACUUGCUGAUGGUAUGCUCAAGUUCAGGAACUUGAAGGUCGUUUCUACCGAAAAAGAUGAGUCGCUCCGUUUUCUUGCAAAGAUCCAAGAACUCAACAUAACCUUGUCGUUUAAGAAAUGGUACGAUGGCAACGGUCUUAUUGAAGAUAUGGAGGUGUUUGGAAUGCAUGCAAAGGUAUACAAGAAGGAUGAAUCCUUCCCACAAAUCGAAUCUUCCAAUUCAUCUAACCAGCCAGACACCAUCAGCUCAUUCGCCAUGUCUAUGAGCAAGUACGACAGCAACAACAUUCAAAAUGACUUCCACGAACACAAGUUGGAAGAGCUUGAGAAUAUCAAAUCCAAUCAGGUGGCCUUUAUGGCUCCCAAUUACCAACUCGGCCAUUUGAGACUACAUGAUUCGGUCGUUGAACUCCACGAAAAUCAGGAUACUACACCCUUCAAAGUGACCAUCUUCAACUGUGAUCUACCAAGACUUCGUGGGGAUCGCUUGAUUGUCGAUUUCUUCAAUGCAAAUAAUGUAACUGGAGCUGUGAACAACUCGAUGUUCACUAUCCACAAGCAUCAGUCAUUCACCGACGAGAAUGUUGUCAGAUUUAAGCUUGAUAGUAUUGAUAUGGAGUCGAUUUCAAAGGCCAACCCACAGCUGAAGUUCAACUGGAUUGUUAACGGUAAGGCUGAAAUUCUCGCUGAUAUUCGUCUUCCAGAAAUGGACAAAGUGAAAGACGACACUGGCUUCCUUCCCUCCGCUUCAACGUUUCAGCAACUCUGGAAUGACCUCAAGACCGCAACUUCUGCACCACAAGAAUCAUCGGAAGGAGAACCAAACAACAAUAGCCUUCUCAAAGGUGCAAUCGCCGCCAUUUAUGAAACUUUUACGAAGAAUAAUGAUAUCGACGAGACAAGAUCUCGCAAUGAUAGCGAGUAUGUUAUCGUCAAUGUCAAGGUGAAAUUUAAGAACCUCAAGGCAGCAAUGCCUCUGCAUUUACCGAUGGCUUCCUCGACAUCCCUUCCAUUCAUCACUCUUCAGAAACUCAGAGCAUUAAUCGGUUACAUCAACAGCAUGGAAAAGGAGAACGAUUCUAUUCUUAUCAAGACAACAGUCAUCGAGAAGCUCGUUGACUUGUAUAAUCUCGACAACAUCACAAAGACUCGUAUCUUCGAUGCUAUUGUCAGCGAUAUUUAUGACGAUUUGUUGAAGAUGAUCAAACAGGAUGAAAAUAGGAUUCUCGAGGAGAAGGCCAGCACCUGGUCUCAAACUGUGGCCAGCCAGCUUUUGUUACUCGGACUCGGAGUCCUUGCAUAA